AUGCUGAGUGUAGAAGAUCAGUCAAUUCUGCUUGAUUUUGAGGAGACGGAGAGAUGCAAUCCCAGCCCCUGCAAAGUUAUUGGGGACCGGGUAAUCUAUUCUUCGCGAAAACUCGGAAUUCCCAAGGUACACGGCCGUCCUGUAUUAUCGGAUUUCGGGGAGGCACGGUUUCGCUCGCAAGUAGGUUCUCGAUGGGAGGAUGUGCGGCCAUUGAUUUACCGAGCCCCGGAAGUUUUAUUACGGAUGCCAUGGAAUGAGAAGAUCGAGAUCUGGAAUCUCGGGGUCCUCGCGUGGGAUCUUUUCGAGCAGGGGUAUCUUUUCUAUGCCCGCGAUUCUGAGAAGGACAGCUCAGACACCCUUCACCUUGCAGAGAUGAUCGCAGUCCUCGGGCCACCGCCCAAUCAUAUGCUUCAAAAAAGGAAUUGGAAGGACGCCGCUGAGAUCCCCCCUAUAUCCAUAGAGAAACUGGAGGAUAAUCUACAAAGUCCACAACAAGAUCUCUUUUUCUGUUUUAUGCGCAAAAUGCUUCAAUGGCGGCCUGAGGAUCGCGCCUCCGCAAAGGAGUUACUGUCAGAUCCGUGGUUGAAGUCACCAUAG